AUGGAGUUGAGUGUGCGUGUGAUGGAGCUGUAUCAGGCUGGUCAGGUCGAGGAGGCCCAGCGGUUGCAGGCUAUUGUGGCGCGUGCGGACUGGCAGGCGAUUAAGGGUGGGUUUGUGGCCGUCAAGAGUGCCUUGCAGACGUAUCGUGGAUAUGGAGCGUUGCCGAGACGGCCCUGUGUGGUGCCGUCGGAGGAGCAGGCGACGGCGUGGAAGGAUUCGUUUGCGGAGGCUAUGGCGUUGGAGAAGCAGUUGGAGAAGCAGGCUUAG